GGCAACGACCGACUGAGCGCUCUCACCACCUCCGUACCGAUGCAGCUACGAAUCGAUCUGAGAAGAUUCUCGGGCGAGACGCGCUACGCCACGUACGAUGUUUUCAGCAUCGCUUCAGAGAGGGCGCUGUACAAGCUCAACGUCGGCAUGUACCACGGCACUGCGGGCGACUCGAUGAUAUCUCGUCAUCACGGGAUGAAUUUCAGCACUCCGGACCGGGACAACGACACCCACAAGACCGUCAGCUGCGCUGAAUCUCACAAGGGCGGUUGGUGGUACGGCAGCUGCCACUAUUCGAACCUGAACGGACUCUACGGAGAGGACAACACGAAGGGAGUCGUGUGGUACCACUGGCUCGGUCACUCCGAGGCACUCAUGAGCAGCGAGAUGAAAGUGAGACCCGUGCAAUACGCCCUCCACUGAUCGCGGAUGCUUGGCUGGCUGCGAACCCGGGGCUCAGUGUCGGAAUAUGACAGAGUAGUACGCGCGUGCGCGCGUGCCUGCGUGUCGGGGCGCGAAUUGUAGCCAGGAUGUACACGUUCCAUGCAAUGUAGAUAUACACAAAUGAGUACAUCAUAUAUAUAUAUAUAUAUAUGAGUUAAAGCAAGAUUGAACUAACUCUAAUGUGUUUAUUCCAAAUAAUUAAAUUUUCGACAGUCCGGUCUUGAUCACAGUACGCGAACACCGUAAAUUUCCAUAGCAGGAGUUUAAUAUCACCAGCUCCUUUAUUCUACAGCUAUUAUAUAUAGAUAAUUUACACUG